AGUACGCCAGACUUCACUUAGGACGUACUUAUCUAUCUUUUUUUAUUAUUUUUUUUUAUUUGAUAUUCUAAAUGGAAACCAAGCAACUUCUUCAGGUCGAUCGCGAAUUAAUUAGAAAAAAAUGGGGGAAAACAGAAGGAGAUGUAAUGAAGGAUAUUUUAAUUAUACGAGAAUGGUUAAAAACACAGAAACACCUUCCAGAAGUACCAAGCAAUAAUAUGAUAGAAUUUUUUCUUACUAAUUGUAAGUUCAGCAUUGAGAAAACAAAGAAAAAUUUGGAUAUGUACUAUACUAUACAAACUUUAUUGCCAGAGCUGUACCAAAAUUGCAACCCCUGUGCUCCAGAAAUGGAUCGGGUUCAUGAUAUAGUGUCUUUCCUUUGUAUACCUACUCUCACACCAACAUUACAUCGAUUAACUGUAAUUCAAUAUCACGACGUAGACGCAAACGACAACGAUAUGAAGGGAAUAUUGAGUUUGUUCCUCAGAGUUUUCCAUGAAAUUAGGAUGCACGAAGAUUUAGCAAUGGGAGAAAUAUACAUACUAGAUCUUGAGCGUAUUAAAUUUUCAGUUAUUUCCAGGUUAACACCGUUAUUGUUUAAAAAAGUGGGAUUUGUAUUCGAGAAAAUACACAGCUCUCGCAUGCACGCAUUGUAUUUUUAUAAAGCUCCUACAUUAUUUCAUAAUGCAUUAAUUUUAUUUAAGUCCUUAUUGUCCAAAAAAUUAUCUGACAGGGUCCACAGUUAUCAAUCCAUGGAUGAAAUAACAAAACAUAUACCUAUUGAACUUCUUCCUUGUGACUAUGGUGGUCAACAAAAAUCUAUUAAAGAGCUGCAGGGAUAA